GCCCCCCUCUGAGGGGCGGGAGGAGGUGGGGCUGCACCAGAGGCUUUUAAUGGCAGACUGCCCAUCAGCAACUUUCAAGAUGACAAGAAUUUUGACAGCUUGCAAAGUGGUGAAGGCUUUGAAAGGCAGAUUGGAGUUUUGCAAUGUGUCUGCUGAUCACCGGAGUUUCUCAAGGACUGCUACGAGGUUGUCAAGCAUCAAGGUGCAGACUGCGAACUUGGUGCUGGAAGAUGGGCUGAAGAUGAAGGGCUAUUCUUUUGGCUAUCCAUCCUCUGCAGCAGGGGAAGUCGUAUUCAACACUGGUCUUUCUGGAUACAGCGAAGUCUUGACAGAUCCCAGCUACAAAGGACAGAUUCUUACACUAGCUAACCCCAUAGUCGGGAAUGGUGGAGUGCCUGACACAGCUGCUUUGGAUGAAAUGGGUCUCAAGAAGUUCCUGGAGUCUGAUGGGAUCAAGGUUUCGGGUUUGCUGGUGCUGGAUUACAGCAAUGAGUACAGCCACUGGCAGGCUGCUAGGAGCCUGGGAGAGUGGUUGCAGGAAGAAAAGGUGCCUGCACUGUAUGGGAUUGAUACCAGAAUGCUGUCCAAAUUAAUUCGUGACAAGGGCACGUUACUUGGGAAGAUUGAAUUUGAAGGUCAACCCGUGGAAUUUGCAGAUCCAAAUAGUCAGAACUUAAUUGCAGAAGUUUCAACAAAGGAAGUCAAGGUUUAUGGCAGAGGGAAUCCAAUUAAAGUUGUAGCUGUCGACUGUGGGCUGAAGUACAACAUUAUCCGCCUGCUAGUAAAGCGAGGUGCAGAAGUGCAUUUGGUUCCAUGGGACCAUGAUUUCACCAGCAUGGAGUAUGAUGGGCUCGUAAUUUCUGGAGGUCCAGGGGAUCCCAUGAAGGCUCAGGAGGUGAUUCAGAAUGUCAGAAAGGUCCUGGAGAGCAAUCGUCCAGAGCCCCUGUUUGGAAUUAGCAUGGGGAAUCUAAUCACUGGGAUAGCAGCUGGAGCUACUUCCUACAAGAUGCAGAUGGCCAACAGAGGACAGAACCAGCCUGUCCUGAGUGCAGUGAAUGGACAGGCUGUCAUCACUGCUCAGAACCAUGGUUAUGCUAUUGACAGCUCUACCCUCCCACCUGGCUGGAAACCUCUCUUUGUGAAUGCCAAUGAUCAAACAAAUGAGGGAAUUAUGCAUGAGACCAAACCGAUUUUCACUGCACAGUUCUACCCAGAUGCAAAUCCUGGGCCAAGGGACACAGAGUUCCUAUUUGAUUCAUUUAUUGCACUGGUUAAGAGAGGGAAAGGCUCUGUUUCCUCAGUCCUGCCCAAAGCUGGAGUGACAGCUUCCAGAGUGGAGGUCUCCAAAGUUCUCAUUCUAGGAUCUGGGGGUCUGUCAAUCGGUCAGGCAGGGGAAUUCGAUUACUCUGGAUCCCAGGCGGUGAAAGCCAUGAAGGAAGAAAAUGUGAAAACUGUCCUCAUGAAUCCCAAUAUUGCUUCAGUGCAGACCAAUGAGGCUGGCUUAAAGCAGGCUGAUGCUGUCUACUUCCUCCCCAUCACUCCACAGUUUGUCACAGAAGUCAUCAAAGCAGAACGUCCUGAUGGAUUAAUUCUGGGCAUGGGCGGCCAGACUGCUCUCAACUGCGGAGUGGAGCUCUUCAAGCAAGGAGUCCUGCAGGAGUAUGGUGUGAAGGUCCUAGGUACAUCAGUUGAAUCCAUCAUGGCCACAGAGGAUAGAAAGCUUUUUUGUGAUAAGCUGACUGAGCUAAAUGAAAAGAUUGCUCCUAGCUUUGCAGUGGAAUCGGUUGAAGAUGCUCUGAAGGCAGCUGAAAAGAUUAGCUACCCAGUCAUGAUCCGUUCUGCUUAUGCCCUUGGUGGUCUAGGGUCAGGAAUAUGUCCUGAUAAAGAAAGUUUGCUGGAUCUUAGUACAAAGGCAUUUGCAAUGACUAACCAAAUUCUGGUGGAAAAGUCAGUUGUUGGCUGGAAGGAGAUAGAGUAUGAAGUUGUGAGAGAUGCUGCUGAUAACUGUAUUGCUGUCUGCAACAUGGAGAACAUAGAUGCUAUGGGAGUCCACACAGGAGAUUCUGUUGUAGUGGCUCCAAGCCAGACACUCACUAAUGAGGAAUUUCAGAUGCUGAGGGAUCGUGCCAUCAAAGUUGUCCGACAUCUGGGCAUCGUGGGAGAGUGUAACAUCCAGUUUGCUCUGCAUCCAACUUCCCUGCAGUACUACAUCAUUGAAGUUAAUGCCAGGCUCUCGAGAAGUUCAGCUUUGGCUUCCAAGGCAACAGGGUAUCCAUUAGCAUUUAUUGCUGCCAAAAUCGCCUUGGGGAUCCCCUUGCCAGAAAUCAAGAAUGUGGUGACAGGAAAAACCUCUGCCUGCUUUGAGCCCAGCCUGGAUUACGUUGUUACCAAGAUACCCCGCUGGGAUUUGGACCGUUUUCAGCAUAUGUCCAACCGGAUUGGAAGUUCCAUGAAGAGUGUGGGAGAGGUCAUGGCUAUUGGACGUACUUUUGAAGAGAGCUUCCAAAAGGCCCUGAGAAUGUGCUACCCCUCUGUAGAUGGCUUCACUUCACAUCUGCCUAUGAAUAAAGCCUGGCCAGCCGUCAUAGAUCUCCAGAAGGAUCUCUCUGAGCCAUCCAGCACCCGGAUAUAUGCAAUAGCCAAGGCGUUGCACGAUGAAGUCCCCGUGGAUAUCAUUCACGAACUCACAGCCAUUGACAAGUGGUUCCUGUAUAAGAUGCGCGGGAUUGUGAACAUGGAGAAAAUCCUGAAGGAAGUGAACAGUGAAACAGUUCCAGAAGAGACACUGAGGAGAGCCAAACAGAUCGGGUUCUCAGACAAACAGAUUGGGAAAUGCCUGGGGCUGACUGAAAUCCAGUGCCAUCAGCUGAGACUGAGGAAGAAUAUAGUGCCCUGGGUGAAACAGAUUGACACACUGGCAGCAGAAUACCCAGCGGUAACUAAUUACCUCUACAUCACCUACAACGGGCAGGAACAUGAUGUAAAAUUUGAUGACCGUGGGGUGAUGGUGUUGGGCUGUGGACCAUAUCACAUAGGCAGCAGCGUGGAGUUUGAUUGGUGUGCUGUCUCCAGUAUCCGCACGCUGCGUCAGCUUGGCAACAAGACUGUCGUCGUGAAUUGCAAUCCAGAGACGGUGAGCACAGACUUUGAUGAGUGUGACAGACUGUACUUUGAGGAGCUGUCGUUGGAAAGGAUCCUGGACAUCUACCAAUAUGAGGGAUGCAGUGGUUGCAUUAUUUCUGUAGGAGGGCAGAUUCCCAAUAACUUGGCAGUUCCUCUGCACCAGAGUGGAGUGAAGAUCCUUGGCACAAAUCCUUUGCAGAUUGACCAGGCAGAAGAUCGCUCUGUAUUUUCAGCUGUUCUGGAUGAGCUGCAUGUGGCCCAGGCUCCCUGGAAGGCAGUCAGCACACUGAGAGAUGCAGUUGAAUUUGCAAGCUCUGUGAGUUAUCCAUGUUUGCUGAGGCCUUCCUAUGUUCUGAGUGGGUCCGCAAUGAAUGUUGUAUUCACUGAAGAGGAAAUGAAGAAGUUCUUAGCAGAAGCCACCAGAGUCUCUCAGGAUCACCCUGUGGUACUCACAAAAUUCAUUGAAGAUGCCCGUGAGGUGGAAAUGGAUGCUGUGGCUAAGGCAGGAAGAGUUAUUUCACAUGCUAUUUCAGAGCAUGUGGAGGAUGCAGGUGUUCACUCUGGAGAUGCCACCCUCAUGUUACCCACGCAGUCUGUUAGCCAGGGAGCCUUGGAGAAGGUCAAAGCUGCUACAAAAAAGAUUGCAAAUGCCUUUGCCAUCUCUGGUCCAUUCAACAUUCAGUUCUUAGUGAGAGGCAAUGAUGUGCUGGUCAUAGAGUGCAAUUUGCGGGCUUCACGUUCCUUCCCUUUUGUAUCGAAGGCUCUGGGCGUGGACUUCAUUGAUGUAGCUACAAAAGUGAUGAUUGGAAAAGAGAUUGAUGAGUCAUCUCUCCCCACACUGGAACAUCCCAUUAUUCCAUCCAAAUAUGUUGGGAUUAAGGCUCCAAUGUUUUCUUGGUCCCGGCUGAGAGAUGCUGACCCUGUUCUCCGAUGUGAAAUGGCCUCUACUGGGGAGGUUGCAUGCUUUGGGGAGGAUGUAUAUUCUGCCUUCCAGAAGGCUAUGCUUGCCACUGGGUUUACAUUUCCUAAGGAAGGAAUUUUGAUUGGAAUCCAGAAGUCCUUCCGUCCCAGAUUCCUCAGCGUAGCAGAACUACUGCAUAAGCAAGGCUUUAAGCUUUAUGCCACAGAAGCAACCUCAGAGUGGCUCAAUGCUAAUGGUAUCCCAGCAAAUCCAGUGGCAUGGCCAUCGCGGGAAAGCCAGUGUCCAAGCCUCCCUCCAGUCAGGAGGCUGGUAAAGGAUGGGAAAAUAGAUCUGGUCAUUAACCUGCCUAACAGCAACACCGAGUUUGUCCAUGAUAAUUAUGUGAUCCGGAGGUUGGCUAUCGACAGCGGGAUUGCUCUGCUCACUAAUUUCCAGGUGACAAAGCUUUUUGCUGAAGCUGUCAAAUACUCUGGGAAAUUGGACUCCAGGAGUCUCUUCCACUACAGACAAUUUGAAAACGGAAGUACUGCAUAGAAGAACUAUCUCCAGCCUGCAAUCUUACUGCUUCUGGCACCACAAAACAGAGGGGUUCUCAGAUCGGUCACAUAACCGUAUUUUCUAGCAUCUGCACUGAUUGUAUUUCCAUCUCACACAAACUAAUUCCUAGCCAGUACUUCUGAUGGCUCAUUGAAAAGCCAUCCUGUACUCAGCCUCUCCACCAUCUUCUUCCCAUUUCCACAUAGGAUCAAGUAUUAGUUACUUACUAGAUCCAGCCGCCACCAUACCAGAGGAGAUGAAAGGAGAUACAAGUGAUCCUACACAGGGUUGCUUCCUUCUUUUCAUAACCAAACUUGCUCUUCCUUAGAAAUGCCUUCUUUGGGUCUGUACUCCCAGCUAUUCUCAUCGUGGACUAUUAAAGUCUGGCUCCAAACUCCCAGAGAAAGACACUUAGUUUUCCCUUUCUAUUGCUGAUUAUUGAGGAUGUUAUGUAUUGAGGAUGUUACACGUAACAUUCUGCUGCUUGAUCCACCCAGUGGUACCAUGGAUACCUGCCACAAUGAUAUGUGGUAGGAGCUCUUUAAAGACAGAAGAACAUGAAUUCCCCAUGAUUCCCUACAAGAGCUGACAGGCUUUGUGCAGCUACAUUUUGCUUGGUUUGUAACUGUGGCCAAGAAUCAUCAUCUUCAGCCUAUAGAUUUGAUGGGAGAGGAAGGCUGUUAUGUAUGUGUCUUGGAAUUGCUUCCAAGUUCUGCUCAGUCCUUCAGGCUGUUGUUACCAUUAUUAAUUCGGGUUCUGAAUUCAGGUGGCUCUCCGUGUAUCCUAAAGGCUGUCUCAGCUUUGUGUCAGGCUUCAAAAGUGGAGAACUCCCCCCAAACUUCUGUGUGUGGCUGUCCAGCAUUUUGUGCCAUGGUGUUGGAGCUGGGUGCCACCCAGCAGUGCUUUUUCUGAAGCUAUCAGCACUGAAAGCAUCAGAGAAUACCUGAUUAGCAGGGACCUCAAGGAUCAUCUGGUCCAACCUUUUUUGGCAAAGCAUGAGCUAGACUCGGUGUCCCAGCACCCUGUCCAGCUGAAUCUUGAGUGGUCAGAUGCUGUGAUGCCUUUGGGUACCAUGGGACUCUCUGAAAAAUAGGUGCUAAGUGCCAAGACCAAAUUUUGAACCAGGUGUGGACUUCAGUUCUGAUGUGGUUGACAUCCCAAGUGCUCUUGUCAUGGGCAUUUCUUCAGUACUAACUCUCGUGGUGAAUACAAACCUUCCUGCCAUGCAUAGAGCUUUGCACUGUUAGAGAUGUUACUAAAAACCCAAACAACAAACACAAAAAAACCCAGCAACAAAAAACCAAACCAAACCCCCCCAAACAACUGAAACUCCAGAAGAGCCCAAAGCCAUCGAUGUUCACCCAUUCAGUUGUGAAAUACACGUCUAAUGGUGGUUGGUGAAGCAGCACUGGAAAUGCAUCCUGCAUGUUGUUUUCGGUGGCAAAAAUCCCAUUAACAGCUGGUGUCAUCUCACAUCCCCCCAUCCUGCUUUUACCUCUAGGAGUGAACAAAGCGACAGCUCAACACAUCAGUAUUCUCUUGUUCUUCCUCUUCUAUUUUGUCACUUCUCUUGUGAGCUGAAAAUGAAAUAAAUGCCUUGGAUUGUGACAGCUGCUCAGCUGAAA